AUGUCGGGCUAUGGACUGACCUCAAACCAUGCAGGCUCCGAGGGCGGCCGAGACGCCUCCCGAUUCUCGGACUCCGAGCCCGACGAUCGUCCACCGCCACCGCCACCUCAGCCCUCCAAAUCCUCCGACCUCCUCUCCGGUGUCUACCGCGGUAUCAAGAAGAUAACCCCCGCCCGCGAAGACCUUGCCAGGAUCACGCGACAGCCCUCGCAGCUGGCAAGGCAACCCUCCCAGCUCGCCCUCCGAGUCUUCCCCUCCACCGUCGAGAAGGCCGCCAACUCUGCGCCUCUGCCCUCCUCCCGAUCCGCGACUCCCCUCGGUAGCCAUGCCCGCAGUCUGAGCCUGCAGAACAGUCUCGAGAAACCCUUGCCUGAGCCUCCACCGCCCGGUUCGCCCAACAGUCCUCUCACUCCGGUAGGCAGGCAACCCCAAGCCGUGACAAGCCUGAGUGCCAUUGUCGACUCGGAGUCGGAGAUGGACAGCCGGUUGGGCACCAUGGACUCGAGCUCCUCGAUCGACCAGGGCCAAGGGUACGGCGGCUACGGUGCGGGUCUGAGCAUGAGCAGCAGCCAGAGCAGCCUGGCGAGCCUGACGCGGCAAGAGACGAUAGAUGAUGGGCGGGACAACCUCACUCCACGGAGCAACGGACCUCUGUCAGCGAGUCCGUCUCCACAAAUACCACAGUCUAGGACGCCUGGCCCUGCUGUUGGUACCUCGACGACAACGGGUUCUUCAGCGCACCUCUCGGGGCUGAUGUGUAAUGUUCACCGGACAACAGGGCGAGAGCCGCAUCCGCUCGUUGGAGCUACGACGACGAUCUUGGGCGAUAAGCUAUACGUGUUUGGAGGCAGAAUACUAUCGAGAAGUAGGCCCGCGUCGCUGACGUCGGACCUGUACGAGCUGGAUCUGAUACGGAGGCAUUGGACCAAGGUGGCUGCGACCGGAGAUAUCCCGCCGCCACGCUACUUUCACUCUGUCUGCGCCCUCGGCGACACCAAGCUCGUAUGCUACGGCGGCAUGUCCCCGCUGCCGACGCAGAGCAACAACUCGCCUCAGCAGGAGCCCCAGGGCGAGAUUGCCGUCAUGUCCGACAUCCACAUAUACGAUGCUCCCACGAAACGUUGGACAUACAUCCCUACCCACGAUACUCCCCAGGGCCGCUACGCCCACUGCGCCUGCAUCCUGCCGUCCGCGGCCACUUUCUCCUCGCACAAGGCACCUCUUUCAGCACUGCAGAACAACCCGUCGACGGGACUCAACGAAGGCAGGAUAGGCGUCAACAUUGACGGCACGGGCGGCGCGGAGAUGAUAGUGGUCGGAGGUCAGGACGGCAACAACCACUACAUUGAGCAGAUCAGCGUCUUCAACCUGCGCAGCUUGAAAUGGACGUCGACACAGCCGCUCGGCAAGAGCUGCGGUGCGUACCGUAGUGUGGUCGCGCCGCUGCCUCCUUCUGUCACGGCUCGCAUCGGCAAGUCGGCGCCCAAUGCCGGGGCUGCCCAGAGCGGCGGUAUCAGCCAGGAGGCUAGGGAGCCCGGCUCGUCCAUGCUUAUAUACUCAAAUUACAACUUUUUAGACGUCAAGCUGGAGCUGCAGAUCCGCUCCAACGACGGCACGUUAUCAGAAAAGCCCAUGUCGGGCUCGCACACGCCCCCCGGUCUGCGAUUUCCCAACGGCGGCAUCAUCGACACCUUUUUCGUCGUUAGCGGCACCUACCUCACGUCUUCCAAGCAAGAGUACGCGCUGUGGGCGCUGGACCUGCGCAACCUGUCGUGGUCGCGUAUCGACGCAGGUGGGGUGGUGUUCAGCCAGGGCAGUUGGAAUAGGGGUGUCUUGUGGAAUCGCCGCAAUACCUUUGUCGUGCUGGGCAAUCGCAAGCGCAGUCUGGUCGACGACUACAAUCACCGCCGCAUCAACUUUUCCAACGUAUGUAUGGUCGAGCUCGAGGCGUUUGGUUUCUACGACAACCCGCGAAAGACGAGCCCCAUGUCCGGGUUUGUAAGCGCCAGCAGCCCCUACACGAGUCCCGGCCUGAGUCUUGCGAGAAAGGCCGGCAGCACCGCGGGUGGGCGGUACCAUUCGCGCGCGUCGGAGGAGCUGGGCGAGAAGGUCAUGGGCAUGAGGGAGCUGGCGGAUAUGGACAUACUGUGCCUCUAUGGCGAGCGCAUCCCCAUCAACAGCCGUAUCGUGGCUCGGAGGUGGGGACCGUACUUUGUGCAGUUGUUGCGCGAGGGGACGGCGACACAGGAUGGGUCCGAUGCUACAACGCUGCGGUCUGCUCCAGGCGCCAACAUGCGCAACUCGAUCAUCACCAUCACGCCGUCGAGCCGCAACACUAUGGAGAGUGACCGCUCCAUGGGCUCGACUGUGCCCAGCUCCGCCGGUUCGAGCGCUGGUGGCAAGGCACCCAGCACGGCUGGGACGAGUGUGUCUGGCGGCUCCCUCGGCGGAGGCGCCCUCAGUCCACCAGUUGACCCGGCCACCGUCAACACGGCGCCGACACCUCGCACGCUGCCGCCCAAUAGCCGGCCGCGCUGCUUGUACUUGCCUCACAUGUACAUAACCGUACAGGCGCUGCUGCACUACCUGUACACUUCGUCGCUGCCACCACCCACCUCGAAUCUUUGCACGCCGCAGGUUCUCUGCAGCCUGCUGCAGAUUGCGCGACCUUACCGGAUCGACGGGCUUCUCGAGGCGGUGGUGGAGCGCCUGCAUACCUUCUUGGACAACCGUAACGCAGCGGCCGUGUUUAACGCCACGGCCAUGGCGGCUGGCGGAGGUAGGGGCAUCGACGGCUCGCUGAACCCCAACUUUUUCGUCCCCGUCGGUCUGGACGCGCUGAGCCCGUACGACGGCGGCGUCAACGGCGAGGCGGGCGGGCCGAACGGGGCGGCGGCGCGCAUGGGCAACCUGCGCAUCAACACGGCCGUGCCGGGCCAGCCGGGCGGUCGGCCGCCGAGCGACGAGCUGUCGGCCACGACGAGCGUGAGUGGCAGCGAGUGGAGCUCGAGCGAGGUGACGGACGGGAGCGAGCGGGCGAGCCGCGAGGUCUGGAGCGGGGAGCUCAGCAGCGUCAUCGGCCUGCAGAAGAGGGGGCUCCGGGGCCUGAUGGAGGGGAGGAGGAUGAGGGAGAGGACAGGGACGGGGACCGGCGGCACGGCGACGCCGGGGACGCCUGGUCUUGGGGGCAUGGGCAUGGGCAUGGGAGGGCCGAGUGGUGGUGGUGGCGGGAGUGUGUCGGGGCAGGGAGGGCAAGGACCGGGACAGGGACAGGGACAGAGGGUUGGGUUGGGGAUUGCCGGGGGUGCGUAG